GUCAAACAAAAGAAGAAUAUCCACCAUUAUCAUAAGGAAAACAGCAGCAGUAUCGGUAGGAAGGUUCAUAAAUAUAUAUAUAUAUAUACAUACAUACAACGGAAGCUUUCAAUAUCCUUUAUGUUUUACGUUUUACCAAGCAAAGUCCUAUGCUUCGAGCUUGAUGAAUGUGAUCACCCCUGCAUUUAGAUCAAAACGAGAUACCCAGGUUAAUGCAUGGACAACCUUUUGGCAUAUUUUGCGGUGUUUCAGAUCAUUAAUAAUCCAUUUGUGUAUGUAAUAGGAAGCGUACACACAUGCAAUCAAAGAUAAACCCACUUGAACCGAGCACUACGCACAUGGAGCAGCCUGUAUAAGUAUUCCGAUUACUUCACCAAAGAUUCUCCAGUCUGAGAGAGCAAAAAUUCGGGAGGGUUUACAUCGAUUUGUUCUAGAAACGAUCAUAUCGUGCCAGAGUGGCGAUAGUGCUUCUUGAACUAGUGCCCAUUCCACGGGGUUGGUAUGGAGGAAACAAUCAGAGACAUUUCGAUAAAAAAACAUACAAAUUAUCAUGAGUCAUGUAAAUAAUGCAACGGUAAUGAGAAUAACAAGGAUAAAAAUGAUGAAAAUUGAGUAGCUUGGUAUUUUUCUAUAGAAUAUUGAGGAAAGAGGUCUUGAGUGCCGAGCUGCAUCAUGCGAAAGAUAAGCGGUCGCGCGUGUGCAGAUAAAUGCAUGGUAACACCAGCGAGAAGAGAUCGCAGCGUGGCAGAAUACCCAAAGGAGGUCCGCCUCUGGAAUUACAUCUGCCCAGAUGCACAAGGCAUAAUGGCCCUCUUAUCCCCCUUCUGCUGCAUUGCAUUUGCCAACGUUCACAUCACAUGCCACUCAAAAAGGACCACUGGAUAGCAAAGAGACAUAAAAGAGGAGGAAAAAAGGGGCAGUAUAGAUUUUAACGAUAAGGACCCGAAUCUGGGGAGAGAAAGGAGGCGAAAACACUGGCGAUGGAUCCGUGCGGAACCGUUUCUCGAGCAGAAGUACACCGCCUUUCAAAGGUUGAAUUAUCCAUUUCACAGGAGUAUUGCAGUAAUACUUAAGUGCCGAACCCAAUAGACUCUAAAUAGGGGUUGGUUUUUCCCUUGUUUUAAUAUUUCCCGGUCUUCUUUUUUUUUUCUUAUAUCUUUUUACGGAUCAAGACUUAAAAUGUUGCCUGGCCUCAAAAUCGAUUCACCCAUACAUAUACCCAUA